AUGGCGUCAUUUCUCUUUCUCCUCUCUUCUUUGUUUAUCUUCUUCUUCUUCUCUUCCACCGCCGCUCUUCCGAGCGAAACCAUAUACGACGCCGCCGAUAUCCUCACCGAUGCCGGUUACGUCUCCAUGUCGCUCACUCUCGAAAUCAUCGCUGAAUCAAUUCUUGAACAGUCACCUUCCGCAACGGUCUUCGCUCCCUCCGAUUCCGCGUUCAAGAAAUCCGGUCAACCGUCACUCGACCUACUUCGUUACCACUUAGUUAUGCUGCCGCUCCCGAUUCAAAGCUUCCGGCGACUCCCUGCCGGUGCUAAGCUUCCGACGAUGCUCCCCGGUCAGUCUCUCACCGUCACUACAUCAACCUCCGAUCACGCUAUCUCUCUGAAUAACAUCAAAAUCAAUGAAAUGCCGAUCUAUGAUGAUGGAGUUCUUUUGGUUUACGGUAUCGAUAGGUUCUUCGAUCCUAGCUUCCAGUAUCAGAGACCUAGUUCAAAUCCGAAUCCGAAUCCAUCGUGUACAGGGAUGAAUCGCACUAUGAACUCCUCUGAUUCCUUCGAUCAAGCGAUUCAAACGCUGAAAACUAGUGGCUACUCAGCUAUGGCUUCGUUUCUCGGAAUGCAGCUCUCCGGUGACAUAAGCCAGAACGGAAUCACGGUGUUUGCUCCGGCGGAUGAGAAUGUGAUAAACCGUUUAGGUGUUUUCGAUGACUAUCCUUCAUUCUUCCGUCGUCACGUGGUGCCUUGCAAGUUUCUGUGGAACGAUCUGGUUGAUUUUGUUGACGGUACCGCAUUGCCGACGUUUUUGGAAGGGUUUACUAUCAAUAUUACAAGAACCGGUGGCGUUUUGAUUCUCAACGGCGUGCCGGUUUACUUUCCGGAUGCAUUCUUCAAUGAUAGGGUUGUUGUUCAUGGUGUUAGUGAAGUUCUUGCCGUGCCGGAGGAUGCUGCUAGUGCAGUUGAGGAUGCUGAUUCGUUCUCUGAUGAUGAUGAGCAGAACUUGUUUGAUCCUGGUGAAUUUUAA